CUCUCGGAUCUGUGUCACCUUCACUGAUACCUGUCCUACUUUUUACCUGCACCCCUCGGCGAUGAUAAUAGAGUCGAAGAGCGGUGCAGUCUAAGGUAAAUGUAAUUUGUAGAAAUAAAACAUGGGUGACAUUUAAAAACCACCGUCCUGUUUUUUUUUCCCGUGAUGCCGCGCUUUUGCAGUGUCAGAGACAAGGGGAGAUUAUGAGGAUUUGUGUUGACGUUGAGGGAUUAGAGGUCCAGGGACACCGCAGCAGACCCAGAAUGAACUAGGCAAUGUUUAAGCAUUGAUGUCGGCGCUGUGUCCUGAAGCAAACAGUAAAGCAUCCUGCAGGAAAAGUCUUGGGAUGCAUUCUUCCGCAACAUCCAGGCCUCCAGUCCGUCUGGCGAGGCGGGAGAGAGACGCCCCUCUGCUCUGCUCCAGGGCCGAGUGCUGUCCCACUCACCAGACAUGACGCAGAAAGUGGUGGAGGACCACCUGGCUGUACACACUCUCAUUAGAGCCUACCAGAUCCGUGGUCACCACGUUGCCCAGUUAGAUCCUCUGGGAAUCCUGGAGGCUGACCUGGACUCCUUCGUUCCGUCUGACCUGAUCACCACCAUUGACAAAUUAGGUUUCUACGGUCUUGAUGAGUCUGACUUGGACAGGAGCUUCCAGCUGCCUCCUACCACCUUCAUUGGAGGAGAAAACACCACUCUUCCUCUGAGAGAAAUCAUACGCAGACUAGAGACAUCCUACUGUGGUCACAUUGGAGUCGAAUUCAUGUUCAUCAACAACGUGGACCAGUGUCAGUGGAUUCGUCAGAAAUUUGAGACUCCGGGAAUCAUGCAGUUCACUAAUGCUGAGAAGAGAACUCUGCUCGCCCGCCUGAUCAGAUCCACACGGUUUGAGGACUUCCUGGCCAGGAAGUGGUCAUCAGAGAAACGUUUUGGUCUAGAGGGCUGUGAAGUGCUCAUCCCUGCUCUUAAAACCAUCAUUGACAAAUCGAGUGCUGCGGGCAUCGACAGUGUGAUCAUGGGGAUGCCUCAUCGGGGUCGACUGAAUGUUCUCGCUAAUGUGAUCCGUAAGGAUCUGGACCAGAUUUUCUGCCAGUUCGACCCCAAGUUAGAGGCUGCUGAUGAGGGCUCGGGUGAUGUCAAAUACCAUCUUGGAAUGUACCACGAGAGGAUUAACCGCGAGACAGACAAGGACAUCACGCUGUCACUCAUGGCAAACCCCUCCCACCUGGAGGCAGUGGACCCAGUGGUAAUGGGCAAGGCCAAAGCUGAGCAGUUCUACAGAGGAGACACCCAGGGAAAGAAGGUCAUGUCCAUCUUGAUGCACGGUGACGCUGCGUUCGCUGGACAAGGAGUUGUGUAUGAGACCUUCCACUUAAGUGAGCUUCCCUCCUACACGACACAUGGUACAAUCCACGUGGUGGUCAAUAACCAGAUUGGCUUCACCACAGACCCUCGAGUUGCCCGCUCCUCUCCCUACCCCACCGAUGUGGCUCGCGUUGUCAACGCACCCAUCUUCCACGUGAACGCCGAUGACCCCGAGGCUGUCAUGUACGUGUGUCAGGUGGCUGCAGAGUGGAGGAACACCUUCAACAAGGAUGUGGUCAUUGACCUGGUUUCUUACAGACGGUUUGGCCAUAAUGAGAUGGACGAGCCCAUGUUCACCCAGCCGCUGAUGUACAAACAGAUCCGUCGGCAGGAGCAUGUGCUGAAAAAGUACUCUGACAAGCUCAUUGCUGAGGGAGUGGUGACACUGCAGGAAUUUGAGGAAGAGGUUGCCAAAUAUGACAAGAUAUGUGAGGAGGCAUACACCAGCUCCAAGGAUGAAAAGAUCUUACACAUUCGACACUGGCUUGACUCCCCCUGGCCAGAUUUCUUCACAGCGGAGGGAGAGCCCAGGAGCAUGAGCUGUGUCCCCACCGGACUGGAGGAGGAGGUUCUGCAGCACAUUGGCCACACAGCCAGCUCAGUGCCCCUGGAAGAUUUUAAGAUCCACCCCGGAGUGUCUCGUAUCCUGCGUGGUCGAGCUGACCUGGUGAAGAAUCGGCAGAUGGACUGGGCUCUAGGAGAGUACAUGGCCUUCGGUUCCCUUCUCAAAGAUGGCAUUCAUGUGCGGCUCAGCGGGCAGGAUGUAGAACGGGGCACCUUUAGUCACCGUCAUCAUGUUCUGCACGACCAAGAAGUGGACAAACGUAUCUGUGUUCCCAUGAACCACCUGUGGGCCAACCAGGCUCCUUACACUGUCUGCAACAGCUCCUUGUCAGAGUACGGAGUGCUAGGUUUUGAGCUUGGCUUUGCCAUGGCCAGCCCCAAUGCUCUGAUCCUAUGGGAGGCCCAGUUCGGAGACUUUCACAACACAGCCCAGUGUAUCAUUGACCAGUUCAUCAGCUCAGGCCAGGCCAAGUGGGUCCGCAACAAUGGUAUUAUCCUCCUGCUGCCACAUGGGAUGGAGGGAAUGGGUCCAGAACAUUCAUCAGCUCGACCUGAGCGCUUUCUGCAGAUGAGCAAUGAUGACCCUGAUCACUUCCCUGAGUUUAAUGGAGAUUUUGAAGUUCAGCAGCUGCAUGACUGUAACUGGAUCGUAGUCAACUGCUCCACGCCUGCUAACUACUGUCAUGUGCUCAGACGACAGAUUCUGCUGCCAUUCAGAAAACCGCUGAUUAUUUUCACUCCAAAAUCUCUGCUGAGGCACCCGGAUGCAAGGUCCAGUUUUGAUGACCUCGCCGAAGGCACUAAAUUCAAGAGGCUGAUUCCUGAUCAGGGUCCUGCGAGUCAAAGCCCAGGGCAAGUGAAGAGGGUGAUCUUCUGCACUGGCAAAGUCUACUAUGAACUGGCUAAAGAGAGGAAACAGCAAAACCUGGAGAAAGAUGUCGCCAUCAUCAGACUUGAACAGAUCGCUCCGUUCCCAUUUGACCUGGUCAGAGCAGAGGCGGAGAAAUAUGCCAACGCGGAGCUGGUCUGGUGUCAGGAGGAGCACAAAAACAUGGGUUACUAUGAUUACGUCCGGCCACGUUUCCUCACAGUGAUGGCCAACAGGAAACCCAUCUGGUAUGUGGGACGGGACCCUGCAGCCGCGCCUGCGACAGGGAACAAGUCCACCCACCUGAAUGAGCUGAGGAGGUUCAUGGACACUGCUUUCAACCUGAGCGCCUUCCAGGGGAAGGACUUGUAAUGGAGAUCUGGAAUGAGAACCAGGCUGGAGGUGCAGUUUCAUCUCCAACCACCAUAGUCUAUUUAUUCUAUGAAGUCUUCACAUGGCACAGUUUUACAACUCUUAUAGAUUUGUGACAAUCUGAAGCAUAGUCUUAGUAAGCGUCAUUCUAACCCCUGAUAACCUUAUGUGAAAGAUAAGUCUGCAGCACUAGCUGAUUUAUGCCUGAAUCAGUCUACACAAUAUUUACAUCUGUAGAGAUGGUCACCGCAUCAGAUUAAGAGAUCAUGUUUUUGUUCCGACUUGAACGAGAUCUGUGUCAGACUACAUGUUGAAUCCCAACCAGUCAUACUGUAGCUUGCAGACCUUCAUGACCUGCAACAGCUGUGGUGUCAGAGGCGUCAUGGAGGACACUGAGGAUGUUAUUAAAGUAGGUGGAAGAUGACAAAAAAAAUACUACUACCACUACUACUACAUACAAGUCUUUCUAUGAUAUGUCCUAUACGCAGAAUCAGUUGUCUUUCACUGUAAUGCACUAAUGUAAUGCAUGGGACAGAGCAGCAAAUUGUUGUGGCCAGUACUCAUUGCUAUUCCCUGGCCAUGCCCCAUGUCAAAUCAAAUCAUGUCAUUUUUAUUUAUAUAUCCCAAAAUCACCCUCUGUCAACCUUUAUCUUUAUACCCUUAAUUUGGAGAAGGAAAACCUCCACAUGUAGUCUGAUCCCAGCUUUACUGCAACAAUCUGCACUUUAUUCAACCAACACUAUUCAGCAAAGGGCCUUUAUGGUUGUUUUGGUACAGUACAGUGUGUGUUUAUAGAGUGUUGUCUAAAGGGAACUAGACACAUUUCAGCCUCUACAGGGUGCUAAACCUCCAACACCGUGAUUUCAAAAUAAAGGUUACUUGCAAAAGUAUUCUACAAACAUUAAAUAUAAUCACUCCAUCACAGAAUUCUCACUUGAGCACCUACUGUAGAUAAGUGGUGAAGUAAUAACAGUACCUCCAAUAACAUUCACACACCAAAAUUCAAAUUUGUGACAAUCACUGUUUUAUGCAAUAGCUUUAGUACUGUAGAUAGCUCCAUUGCUUAUAUGCAGAAUACUAUUGUAAAUUUAUAGUAUUGAUUUGCGUUUGUAUUGAUUUUUGUAAAUGAUGACCAGAUGCACACAAAACACUGACCGUUUUACUUAAGCACUGAAUAUAUAUCACAUAUCACUGGUAUGAAGACUGUUCUCAAAUUAAACACAGCAGUAGGUUUUCUGCCUGUAUUUACGUGGGCUACCUUAGCUGUAAAUGAAAGAGGGUUUGUUGUCACACCUCACUUCACCAGGAGACAUGAGCCAGCUGGCAUAGAGACUUGCAGCCAUGUUUUCUACUUAGGACAUAAGGCUCGGCUUCCUCUUCAGAGGCUGAGGGAUGCACACACACACAUAAACACAGCAAAGCCUUGGAUGCUUUGAGAGCAAUAUUGACGCUUGGUUGUCAAAUUAAAAUCCCCAGGUAUUUAACAGAAUUGAUAUUAGUUACUUCUCUGCUUUGUAAUGCUCCGUAAAAUUAUGCCUCUUGUUUAACUGUACUGUAGCUUUCCUUUUCCACUUACAGCUGAAGAUUUAACCAUAAGCCAUGCACAAACAUCAGCUUCCAUAUUAAAUGACUUUAUAGGUUUAUGUAUUGUACUUAAUUAACAGAAGAAAAAUACGUCCACAUAUCCGUUUGGGUGCUGAAACAUACGCACAGCUUGAUGAGGUUGUACUAACACUAGGAAUAAUGACACGUACAAUAAAAUAUCUUUAAGAUCAAUAACGUGCUUUGGUCGUCAUGUUUAGUUGUAUAUAAUGCUGGACAUUUUAUUUGUGAAAAAAACAAAUGUGUAUGGUUUAAUGAAACAAAUACAUAGGAGCAAUACUUAUAGAUGAACCAAUCUAUUAGGGGCAAAUAUUUGAUGUUUAGCCCCCAUUGAUAUCUCACCUAUCAUCUUCUGUGAAUCAUACCCUCUUGCCUGCAGCUCCCCUUUAAGUAAACAGGGCAUAGUGCACAGGGUGGACUUCACAUGGCUGAUUCAUUAUUUUCCCAGGGACCCACAAAUCAAUGGUGAAUUUUAUUACCUGUUUCCAGGUUUUCUGUGUCCCUGUGGUAAUUACAUAAACAAUUUAAGAAUAUGUUUCAAGUCAGUCCAAAUAUAAACUAAG